AUGGCUUUCGUCAAGGCGCUUAAGAACAAGGCGUACUUCAAGCGGUACCAAGUGAAGUACCGCAGAAGGCGACAGGGGAAGACGGACUACGCCGCGCGCCGUGCGUUGGUCCUCCAGGACCGCAACAAGUACAAUGCGCACAAGCAUCGCUUGGUCGUCCGCCUGACAAACAAACGGAUCAUCUGCCAAAUUGUCUACUCGACGAUUGAGGGAGACCGUGUCAUCUGCAGCGCAGAGUCCACGGAGCUCCCCCGGUAUGGCGUCAAGAUCGGCUUGACCAACUACGCGGCCGCGUACUGCACCGGGCUCCUCCUCGCUCGUCGGAUGUUGAAGACUCUCGGUCUUCAAGACUCCUUCAAGGGCGUUGAUGAGGCAACCGGAGAGGAGUUCCACAUCGAAGAGAACUUCGAUGAGCGCCGCCCGUUCAAGGUUCUCCUCGAUGUCGGUAUCGUCCGUACCACUGUCGGCAACCGUGUCUUCGGUGCGAUGAAGGGUGCUGCGGAUGGCGGUCUCCACGUCCCUCAUGGCAUCAAGAAGUUCCCGGGUUACUCCAAACCCGAGGGUGAGGGCGAGGGCUCCUACGACCCCGAGGCUCACCGCGCCCGCAUCCUGGGCCUCCACGUCGCGGAUUACAUGCGUCAGCUGAAGGAGGAGGAUCCCGAGAGAUACAGCGUCCAGUUCUCUCAGUACAUCAAGAACAAGAUUGACGCCGACGACAUUGAAGCCAUGUACAAGAACGCCCAUGCGAAGAUCCGCGAGAACCCCGACGCCGUCAAGAAGGAGCGAGCCACCAAGGCGCAGCACGUCCGCCAGGGAAAUGUCAUCAAGACCGCCAAGGGUCAGUACGUGCGCAACGUCAAGCUGACCAAGGCGCAGAGACGCGAACGUGUGCAGCAGAAGAUCGCGUUGGUUGCGGAGCAGAUGGCAGCGGAGGCAUAA